UUCCGUUCAGAUGUGCGUGUUGAACUUCUUUGAAUUUUUAUUGUUUUGCACAUUAAAAAUAAAACAUUCCUUAAUAGUAAAAAGUUACUCCUAGAAAUGGUCGUUUUGUUGUUCAUUCGGGUUAAAUGUUUUCUUAAACGUUGUUCUUAGCUAUAUUAUAAACCACUGUACACAAAAAAAAAAUUGGAAAGAAAACAAAUAUGAAGAUUUUCGUGUACAUACGAUAAAUUACGACCGUGUAUGUAUCCGCUUUGUUUUGGAGUGUGAUUUAAAAAAAAAAAGAAAGAAAUUUGCCAAAAUAAAAUAUUCAAAACUAAAACAAUAAUGUGAGUUCAAGAUAUCCGAUUGAUAUCCUGCGGCAAAAAAAAAUUAGAUAAAAGGUUUUUACUCUCCCAGUAUAAAGCGGGUUUAAUCGUAUAAAUAUUUUUGUGAAUUGUAUAUGAAUAUAUAACAAUCAGUUAUAUAUAGGUACCACCUAUAGGUAUUGUAAUGCCUUCAAAAGCGUCCUCACAAUGUACAACACGAAGGAAACAUUCCUUGGGAAAAUUAAGAAGAGCUCAUCCUGCCUCUGGAGCAACAUGGAACGUACAAGUUGUUCGUGGAAAAAUGUCAUCGAAAUGUCUCUGGCAUGCUUGCCGAGCACUGAUAUUAGGAAUGAUUUUAAUGCUUUUAGGAGCGGGAAUGGCAACUGUUGGUUAUUAUGCCGAUCAACUUUCUGUGGGAUCUGAGAUUAGAGGAAAUGCUACAGUACGAGUUAAAAAUGAAACCAAGGGAUUUCAUUUGAAUAAUUUAUCAUACGUUGGUCCUAUUGUCAUGGGAUUUGGUGGAUUUAUUGUUGUUGCAUCUUGUGUUAUGACCUUUGAGGCUCGUGAUUCAGCUGCUAAAGUCGUACCAGCAAGAUUCAAGGCUGUUACAAAUAGUAAAACAAAUAUAAGAAGCAAUUCUAGCAGCGCUUCAUCGCAAAGACGAGCGAAUGGUGUAUCUUAUCAGAACACUAGAUGGGACCACCACUUGGGAGUAUUUCGGUCUUCACCAGCUGAGCCACCACAACCGGCUCAAUUGGAUCGUCAAGCACUAACAGCAGCUCUAAUUCACUUUUCAAAGACAUUGGGAAAUACAAAUCAACAGCCUCCAAAACAGGAGAAACUCCAGCGUUGUGGAUCUGUGCCAAACCUCUCAGGAAAUGUAGCCAAUCAAACGAAUCCAACAAGUCUUGCAAAUCUAUUGUCUCCGAACCGAAAACAAAUGUAUAUAAUCCAGAAUUCACAUAGGCGCCAUCGACACCAUCAUCAUCAAUCAAACGGGCGCCACUCUAGAACUCGUAGUCCACGUUUAAGUGGAAGCCUCGUCCAAAGAACUUCCAGAGAAUCUGCGUGUUCCUUGCUUCAGCCAAUGCCUUACCAAAAACCUUACUGGAAUGCUUUGUCUGUUGAUGAAACUGGUCUAUCCGACAGUCAAUCAUCAAGAAUUUUGGAUCGAACAAAAAGAUCCGACACUGCUAAACGCCAUCUUCUUUUAAGACAAAAACCUAUAGAAAAUGAAGAUUUACAAAACGAUGGAUCAGUUCCAAGACGACGAAGUUCAACACUUUCGGAUCUAUCUUAUGGUGGACGAUGGACAAACAAAUGUCCAUCAAUGUCAAGCCGUACGCCAAGUGUUGACUCGAAAAAAGUACAAGUCGAUUUACAUAGUCCACAGUCUCAACGUUCUUGUAGUAAACUAACAAAACGAGUUAAUUCUGGACCGUCUUCUACACCUUCUGUUGAACGGGAGUUCAGAAGCCAGCUUUCCAUUUGCUCUGAACCAAUAACAGCACGUCAACUAUCUGGACAAUCCAGUAUAGAACCUUGUGUGCUAGAAGAAAGUCCAGAAAGUGACGAAAAACCUCCAAUCGAUAAGCCUCCCACAAUUGAAACUAAACCUGGCAUAUUAAAGAAAACAAGGCCAGAAACAUUACCAAUAAAAAAUGACAUGAAAACAAACUUACUCAAAGAAAAGACCUGCCAGUCAACUAAAAUACUUUACCGAAGUAAUUCAUCAAAUACAUUCUAUAGGCCAAAACCGAGAAUAUCAAAUGAAUACGAUACAAUAUUCUUGAAAAAUAUGAGUGGCAAAAAUUCCAAUGAGGUUUAUGAUUCACUUCAAGUUAUAAAUGAACGUCGAAAAAAGAUUCUCAAGGCUGAAAGUGAUACAACACUUUUGGAAAAACAUAUUGAACAAGAUUAUCCAACAAAGCCAUUUGAGGUAGUAUCUCAAGAGCCAGGAGUAGCAGUAAGUGAUGGUGGUGUUCUUAAAGGUAAAGAAGUAAUAAAUUCAGAUAAUAUUUCCAAUUCCCCGCCUAAGACAGAUGAUGAUGUACCAUGAUGAUAAAUUUUAUUGCUGUUGAAAUUCUAUUCAAAUUGGUGUUAUUUGGUGUUGUUUAUUAUCCCAGCUAUAUAGAAGAAUGUUAUUUUUUACUUAAGACUGAAAAUAUUUUUGAAAUAGUAAGCUUAUUGUUUAUUUACUUUGGAUGUAAAUCAGAGCAAUAAUAAAUAAUUG